AUGACGUCCGAUAUCAACGCUAACAGUAGUAUCGAUGAUCCCAAUCAAUUAUCGUCAAUGUCUGACGUGAGUGAAGCUAUCAAUCGAUAUGUACUAAUCGUAUACUUCAUUUUUGGUGGAAUUGGAAAUCUACUCAAUGUUUUCCUCUUCACCCGACCAACAUUAAUUCAAACAUCAAGUUCGCUGUAUCUGCUUUUCACAUCGAUGAGCAAUCUCUUGGUCGUUGUCUUUGUUAUUUCUGUGCGGCUUCUCGCAGAUGGUUUUGAUCUUGAAAUAGCAUCAUUCUCGUUGUUCGCAUGCAGAUUUGUAUCAUACAUUUAUUACGUGUGUUUAGCUUUACCUCCAUGUUUCACUGCUUUCGCUUGUAUGGACCGAUGGGCUGCUAGUUGCAUCCAAGUCUGUCGACGUCGAUUUGCUAACGUACGUGUAGCGAAACGGAUCAUAUCGCUUACUAUCAUUUCCUGUUUUAUACUUUAUUCACAUAUUCCUUUUACGUACGACGUUGAUAUAAACCCACCACCACCCUACUGUUCAGCUAGUGUUUCUUCUGCAAUAUUUGUUUUAAUUUAUCAAUUGAUCAUCUACUCGCUUAUACCUCCGUCUAUUACGAUCAUGUUUAGUAUUGGGAUCAUCAUGAACGUACGAAUGAAACGCAUACGUAUUGAGCAUGCAGUUCAAUUAAGUAAUACACUGGCGGAUGUUCGUAGAAUUCGUAAAAAUCCUCAACAUCGCCUUAGCCAAAUGCAAGUAAUGCUUGUUUGUCAAGCGUGCAUUGAAUUUCUCGCGACAAUUCCAUACAGUAUUAUCAAUCUGGUAUCACUAUUUGUGGAAAAUGAUGCCUAUUUUCUUUCGUUGUAUUCAAUCGUUCGUCUCUUCAUAUUCUUCAAUUACAUAUCAUCGUUCUAUAUUUACACAUUGAGCUCCAAACUUUAUCGCAGAGAACUGAAAAAACUAGCGAAAAGUGUUUUCUGUCAUACCAACAAUAUUCGUUAG